AUGGCAUUGAAUGUCAUAAGCACUAAAGAUGGCGAUGUACGCAUUUCCUUUUUCUUUCUGAGUCGACUGCCAUCAUGGUGAGUACUUGUGAAAGAGGUUUUAUGUUUAAUAAUUACAUAAAAUAAUUUCAUCGGAUUUUUUCUAUGUAGUGCAAUGUUAUUAUUUUAAUAAUUGAUUCAAAAAGUUUCAUACAAAUUUCACGUUCGAUUAAGAUAAGCUUAUAGACUUGACGACUAAACAAUUUCAUCCACAUGGUGUAUACAAUGCAAACGAAAUAUUUUAUUUUAAUACUAUUCUAUUCAUUUAAAGUAUCUUUUAGUUAGCUUCAAAGAAUCGAGAUUAAUUUGUGCUUAUUAUGCACAAACAGAAAUAGAAAUUCAUCUUGAUUUCAUUUACAUGGUAACUCUAACCUCUAUCAUUGACCUAAUGUUUUGUUGACACAUUGAAAAAUUAUCGAAAGAUAAUUAUUGAGAAUUAAUAUUUUAAUGAAAAAAACUCAUUGAUUUAAUUUGUGAUAGUAUAAUGCUUCAUUCAAUGAACUUGAUUGAUAACCAAUGUUACUCCAUUAUAUUUGUGUUACGAACAGUUGAUUUAAUGUUAUUUUGUAUUUUAGCCGCCUAAGAAGGAUACCAAGGGGUCUUCAAAACAACCACAGAAAACACAAAAGAAAAAGGAGGGUGGAUCUGGUGGUAAAGCCAAAAAGAAGGUUUGUAUGACGAUUGUUUUACAUCAUAGAUUAAUCCAUAAAAUAUAUUUGAUGAUGAAUAUUUAUAAUCUUGAUAAACAGUGGAAGUAAAAACCUGAUUUAAUGAGCCUGAUUACUAACAAGGUUUUAACAAGUAUAUUUAAAAGACUGGAACCAAUUAAAUGUUUACAUUUUUUUCCGUUUCCUUUCUUUGUUUGUAGAAGUGGUCCAAAGGAAAAGUACGUGACAAGUUAAACAAUCAAGUAUUGUUUGACAAAGGCACAUAUGAAAAAUUACUAAAAGAAGUACCGCAGUAUAAAUUGAUCACACCUUCUAUCGUUAGUGAAAGAUUAAAGAUUCGUGGAUCACUUGCCAGGAGAGCACUGAUUGAAUUGCAACAAAAAGGACUUAUUAAACAAGUUGUACAACAUCAUGCACAACUAAUUUAUACGCGUACUACUAAAGGUGACGAUCCGGCUGCGUAACUCGUUUUUACGCAAUGUAUAAUAACGUUUAAUAAAAAAUAUUAAUAAAUCCAAAUA